AUGAGUCAAAAUCCGAUGAUAAUACAGUCUCCAAGUGGUACCCGAACUGAUACGGCGAAUCCACCUGCUUCGGCAGCACGCACAACGGAUUUGGAGGUGCGAAACUCACGUUCAAACAGAAUCAAUGCGAUAGGUACAACUGUAACCACUAUGGCCCAAUGUUCGCCUGGGAACAUUCUAUUUUCCAAUUUCAGUUCUCAGUCUACGCACGGCGUGGACGGCCCUGUAUCGUGGCGUUUAACGCUCGAUCAGGAUCUUAUUGACACGCUUAAGGGCAGUUUUCCAAGUUGGUUUCAAACGUCUACAAAUUCCAACGAUAUAAUAACAACAGUGCCAAAUACAACAAUAACGCCAAUAUCGCAAGGAAUUGUAAAUAAUAAUACAAUUAAUAAUAAUAAUAAUAGUAACGGAAUUACGCAGAUUACUGUAGAUACCACAAAUCAUCACAAUAGUCACGCCAUACAAUUGAAUAGCAAUUCAAUUUUAUCUUCCUCUUCUGCAUCACCAGCAUCAUCAAUAGCUUCAAAUUUUUCAAUAUUAUCAACUGUAUCGUCAAAAAAAUCUUCAAGUUCCUCCUCGUCUUCAUCGUCGUCAUCCUCUUCAUCAUCGUCAUCUGCAUCGUCGAAUUCAUCGAAAUCCUCUGCAGCUUCAAAAGCAACAGCCACUUCACUAUCAUCAAUAUCCUCAAAAGCAACAACAGCAUCACCAACUUCAGCAGCAGCAAAAUCUGCAUUGAAGUCCUUAAAAGCACAAAAAACAAAAGCAAUUUCCAAGUCACCGUCAUUACACAGUCUCGGUGGCUCACUACUUGCAACAUUCUCAUCACCCGGUUCAGCAACUGUUGAGAUAAUCUCAGAUUCAUCUUGCAACGGUUUGUUUACAUCACAAUUGAGUGGAAAAGGUUUUGAGCACUCAUUUCAAGACGUUAUCUUACUACACGAAGCGUACGAAGAUAUGUCGGAAGGUGAACAACGGUUGAAUGCAUCAUUCCUGGGUAGUAGCGAUGAUGGUAAUAAUUCGGAUACUUACGAUCCCAGACAAUCGCCACCAAAAGCAAUUGUGGACUCAAGUCCACUACAACCAGCAAUGGAUAAAAAUAAAGAAUGUGAGUAG